AUGAUGGACGUCACGGCUCUCCGAGACCGUAUCCAGUCUACUCUGGACCCGAACGCGAGUACUCGUCAACAAGCGGAGUUAGACCUGAAAUAUGCCGAGACACAGCCCGGUUUUGUCAAUGCGCUGCUGGACAUUCUGCAGACAGAGCAGAACAAUGCUGUUCAGCUGUCGGCCGGUGUCUACUUGAAGAACCGCAUCAGCCGCGGAUGGGCUCCGAUCGAAGAUAAUCCGCAACGCGCCCCCGUUCCUGAGUCCGAGAAGCCGGGCUUCCGCGAGAGACUCAUCCCUGCCCUGGCAUCGACCCCGCCCAAUGUCCGCGCUCAGCUCGUUCCGCUCCUCCAGAAGAUCCUGCAGAACGACUUCCCUGAGCAGUGGCCUGGUUUCAUCGACCUCACUCUUCAACUCCUCGGCACGAACGAUGCGAACACCGUCUACGCAGGCCUACAGUGCCUGCUCGCCAUCUGCCGCGUGUAUAGGUUUAAGGCUGGCGAGAAGAGAGAGGAGUUUGAUAAGAUUGUGGAGCACUCCUUCCCUCAGCUGCUUAGCAUUGGCCAGAAAUUGGUUGACGAGGAGAGCCUUGAGGCCGCUGAGAUGCUCCGGCUCAUCGUGAAGUCAUAUAAGCAUGCCAUCUACUUUGAGCUCUCGCCAGCUCUCCAGACCCACCAAGCCACCGUGGACUGGUGCACAUUGUUCCUGAGGAUCAUCUCCAAGACUCCUCCCGCUAAUGCCAUGGGAGAAUCGAAGGAAGAACGGGAGCUGAACCACUGGUGGAAGUGCAAGAAAUGGUCAUACGCGAACUUGAAUCGUCUCUUCAUCAGAUACGGCAACCCCACCACAAUUACAAAAUCCUCUACUCCCGAUUAUACCCCGUAUGCGAAGACCUUCAUUAGCACCUUUGCCCCAGAAAUCCUCAAGGGUUAUCUGCAGGAGAUCGAUAAGUGGGUAUCCAAGUCGCAAUGGCUCAGCAACUCCGCCCUGUCUUAUACGUUGGUCUUCAUGGAGGAGUGUGUCAAGCCGAAGGCUAUGUGGGAGCAUCUGAAGCCGCACAUGGAGAACUUGAUCGCCCACUUCGUUUUCCCUAUCCUGUGCCAAUCGGAUGAGGAUAUCGAGCUCUUUGAGGAGGAUCCUUCGGAGUAUCUCCACCGCAAGCUGAACUUCUACGAGGAGGUUUCCGCUCCCGAUGUUGCCGCCACCAACUUCCUGGUUUCUCUCACCAAGAACCGCAAGAAGCAGACCUUCUCGAUCCUCACCUUUGUCAACGGCAUUGUUAGCAAGUAUGAGUCUGCGGCUGAUGACCAGAAGCUGCCUCGGGAGAAGGAGGGUGCCCUCAGAAUGAUUGGUUCCCUCGCAUCGGUUAUUCUGGGUAAGAAGAGCCCCAUUGCCGACCAGGUGGAAUACUUCUUUGUCCGCCACGUUUUCCCCGAAUUCCGCAGCCCUCACGGCUUCCUCCGUGCCCGUGCUUGUGACACCUUGGAGAAAUUCGAACAGCUUGACUUCAAGGACCCCAACAACCUGAUGAUCAUCUACCGGAACAUUCUGGAGUCGAUGACUGACUCCGAACUGCCCGUCCGCGUUGAGGCCGCUCUUGCUCUGCAGCCUUUGAUUCGUCACGAUGUCAUUCGCACCUCCAUGCAGCAGAACAUCCCUCAGAUCAUGCAACAGCUUCUCAAACUGGCCAAUGAGGUCGACGUUGAUGCCCUAGCCAAUGUCAUGGAAGACUUUGUUGAGGUCUUCUCUGCCGAGCUUACGCCGUUCGCUGUCGCCCUGAGCGAGCAGCUGCGCGACACCUACAUGCGCAUUGUUGGUGAGCUUUUGGAGCGCAACGCUACUAAGGGCGGUGACGAUGAUGGAUAUGGUGAUUUCUUGGACGACAAGAGUAUCACGGCAUUGGGUGUGUUGCAGACCAUUGGAACCCUCAUUCUCACCCUCGAGAGCACCCCCGAUGUGCUCCUGCACCUUGAGACUAUUCUGAUGCCCGUCAUCAGCAUCACUCUGGAGAACAAGCUGUACGAUCUCUACAACGAGGUCUUUGAGAUUAUCGACAGCUGCACCUUCGCGUCCAAGGCCAUUUCGCCUACUAUGUGGCAGGCAUUUGAGUUGAUCCACAAGACCUUCAAGGCUGGUGCCGAGCUGUACCUGGAGGACAUGCUCCCAGCCCUCGACAACUACGUCUCCUACGGUUCCGACAUGCUGGUUCAGAACCCAGCCUACCUUGGUGCCGUCGUUAGCAUGGUUGAGGACAUCUUCCGCGAUGACAAGGUCGGUGGCGUUGACCGGAUCUGCGGCUGUAAGCUGGCCGAGACUCUGAUGCUCAACCUCCGCGGCCACAUUGAUCAGUAUAUCCCUCUCUUUAUUGAGCUGGCUAUGAGUGUCAUCGAUGCCGGUGAGGCCCGGACCAAGUCGUACCGUAUUCACUUGAUGGAAAUGAUUAUCAACGCAAUUUACUACAACCCGGCUCUCAGUCUGCAGGUUCUGGAAGCCAAGGGGUGGACCAACAAAUUCUUCAGCACCUGGUUCUCCAGCAUCGACCAGUUCCGUCGUGUUCACGACAAGAAGCUGUCCAUUGCCGCCAUCAGCUCGCUUCUCACCAUGAAGGCGGGUGAUGUUCCCGUGAGCGUCCAGCAAGGCUGGCCGAGAUUGUUGCAGGGUGUGACAAGACUCUUCCAGACCCUGCCUGCUGCCAUCAAGCAACGCGAGGAUGCCACUCGGGAGUCUGACUUCACUCUCGACGACGAGGGUGAUGAUGACGACGAGGAGAACGACUGGGAUGGUGAGGUCGAGUGGAACGAGGAAGAGGUUGAGGAGGCCAUCGACGGUGACGUUGCCGACGAGAGCGCUGCAUACCUUGACUUCCUCAACAAGGAGGCCCAGAAGUUCAGCCAGUUCGCUGAUGACGACGAUGAUGAGCUCGAUGAAGAGAGUCUUCUUGAGACCCCUCUCGACAAGGUCGAGCCGUACGGCAUGUUCAAGCAUGUCUUCCUGAACCUCCAAUCCGAGCAACCUCAGCUGUACGACAGCUUGACCAAGGUCCUCGGCCCCGAUGAGCAGCAAAUCAUUCAGGCUGUGUUCCACGAGGCUGAUGCCAAGGCGAUGGUCGCUGCCGCCAACGCCGAAGCCGCCGCUGCAGCGGGCAUGCAGUCCAAUGGCAACCAAUAG